AUGGGUGCAAACAGAAAGAAAGGAAAGGAUGAAGAAGAGUGGCUGACAGAGGACUUCCUCAACUCCCUCAGAGCAAUUGUGGGGGCCCCCAAUGUGUCCACAGCCACCGUCGUCCGUGAGCAACAUGGGCAGGACGAAUCUAUGCACAGGAACUGCCCCCCAGAUGCCGUGGCCUGGCCCCGGACUGUGGAGCAGGUCAGCCUGCUGGCAGCGACGUGCUACAGCCGAGGGGUUCCUGUCAUCCCCUUUGGGACGGGGACAGGGCUGGAAGGAGGGGUCACCGCCGUGCAGGGAGGGGUGUGUGUCAACAUGAUGAAAAUGGACCAAAUUUCUGAGCUUAACCCUGAAGAUUUCACAGUUGCUGUGGAGGCAGGAGUGACGCGCAAGACACUGAACAAAUACUUGCGAGAGAGUGGCCUCUGGUUCCCUGUCGAUCCCGGGGCCGACGCCUCGCUCUGUGGCAUGGUGGCCACUGCAGCCUCCGGGACGAAUGCAGUGCGCUAUGGCACCAUGCGCCAGAAUGUCCUCAACUUACAGGUGGUCCUGCCAGAUGGGAGAGUCCUGCACACAGCCGGGCAGAGCCGGCGGCCCAGGAAGAGCGCUGCUGGGUACCACUUAACGGGGCUGUUUGUGGGCUCGGAGGGGACCCUGGGGUUUAUCACCCAGGCCACGCUGAGGCUCCAUGGUAUUCCUGAGGCCACCGUGGCGGCCAUCUGUGCUUUCCCCAACAUCCAAGCAGCCGUGGACAGCACCGUGCAGGUUCUCCAAGCCGGGCUCCCCAUUGCCCGCAUUGAGUUCCUGGAUGAGGUGAUGAUGAGUGCUUGUAACCGCUACAGCGGCCUGAGCUAUGCAGAACUGCCCACCCUCUUCCUGGAGUUCCACGGCACUCAGCAGAGCGUGGAGGAGCAAGUAGGAGCCACAGAGGUGAUUGUGCAGUCCAACGGGGGCUCGGACUUUGCGUGGGCCCGGGAACCGGAAGCCCGUGGACGGCUGUGGGCAGCUCGGCACAAUGCUUGGUAUGCGGCUUUGGCUCUUCGUCCUGGCAAAAAGGGCUACUCCACAGAUGUGUGCGUCCCUCUCUCAUGCCUUCCUGAGGUCCUGCUGGAAACCAAGAAAGACUUGCUGGAUUCCAACCUUACAGGUCCUCUUGUCGGCCAUGUUGGGGACGGCAACUUUCACUGCCUGCUGAUUCUUGACCCUGAAGACGCUGAGGAAAAGGAGAGGGUGGCUGACUUUGCCAAACGCCUGGGCAGGAGAGCCUUGGCAGUGGGUGGCACCUGCACGGGGGAGCAUGGCAUCGGCCUGGGCAAGCGUCAGCUUUUGCGCGAGGAAGUUGGGGAAGUGGCCCUCUCCACCAUGCGGCAGAUCAAGAUGGCCUUGGAUCCCAAAAACCUCAUGAACCCCGGCAAGGUGCUCUAACCUCCGGAGGGCCUUGGCUGGGAGGGGCUCCUGAAUUUGCUUUCCUUGCUUGGAUCUCCUCUCCCCAGCAGGGUCUUCGCCUCAUCGGUGGGCUGGGUUCUGUAUCGUACUAAACUGUGUUUAAUUCUGUUCUGCUGAAUAAACCAGUUCACAAGACGUGAUAACUCAAAAGCCAAGUAAGUGGCACAAUGGUUUAGCAAAACCUGAAAACUCUGUGCACCUGUGUUCCCCAACCUUGGCAACUCUAAGGCGCGUGGACUUCAGGUCCCAGAAUUCUUCAGCCAGCAUGCUUUAACAUGCGUGAACUUCCCUGAAUUCCCCAGUUGGCAUGUUUUAAGACUUGUGGACUUCAAUUCCCAGAAUUCCUCCUCCAGUCAUGUUGACUGGAGAAUUCUGAGAGUUGA